AUGCCUCCCCCAUAUAGAAGGCCUAGUCAUAGGCCAGUCAAAAAAAGGAAACCAGUUGCUGGAGAUGAAGAACAGAGCAGCUGCACUCACAUGUCCAGGAAGGGGGAGAAACAAAGGUGCUCUAUAUGUGAUGUUGUUGGACAUAAUAAAAGCAGAAGCCCUAAACCUAUUGAGAAUGAGGCCCAAAAUUCCAAAAAACAAAGCAAAGGCAAGCAAUCCAGGCGAAGCAACAACUCUAUCCCUCCAGCUGCUAAGGGAGGAAAGAAAACUCCAUCUACACAGCCCACUCCUAAGCUUAUUGUCAAGAGAAAAGUUGCUUCAGCAACACAACCAACAACUUCAGCCCAGUCCAACACUGUACCACAGCCAAAAAGGCCUAGAGGCAGGCCCAAGGGGACCACAAAGCCCACAUCUUCAGCCCAAAAUAAUCCACCACCCAAGAGCUCGACACGUUCUACAUUCUCAUCACAGCCAACCACCACAACUCUUCCAGCAUCUCAGCCAUCCUUUGUCACAGCUUCAAGCCAACCCACUGGGCACUACUCUGUUAGCUUUACUGGAGGACCUCAUGUUUCUCCCAGGAAACUGAAGUUAAUGGCAAAGUUGCCUCCAAGAAAAUGGGGAUUGCUUUAG